AUGGCGGCCGGGGCGCGCGCGCGCCACGGCGCACGCGCCGCCCUUCGCACCACCCUCCUCCGGUCCUCCCGGCCGUCCCCCUCCCACUCGCCAGCUGCAGCUCUCCGCGCGUCCCCAGCCUCACCCCUUUUCGGAGGCCCCCUCCUGUCCCGGCUCCAGAGCCCGGAAGUGGAUGUGGCCGCUUGGCAAAGAGGGCGAGGGGGAGGGAGAAGUGCUUCCGGGGAAACGGGCCCCGGGUUGGUGUUUGUAAACUUGCCUCGGUCCCGGCGCGGGCAGCGGCGGCCGCGGGCUCCGCACGGGGUGCCUGGGGCCUGGACGGGGCGCCGCGCGGAGGAGGAGACGGCGGGAGGCCGUGCCGGGCAGGUAGGCGCGCGCCGCGGGGAGGCAGCGUCGAGCGGGCGGGCGAGCGGGCGAGCGGGCGGGCGGGCAGCAGCGCCUCAGCAGCUCGCAGGCCGUGGGGCGCCGCGCGCGAAGGGGGAGGGGAGCGCGGCGGAGGAGGGGCGCGCGGCGGAGGGAGGGGGCGCGAGGGGAGGGCCGCCGCCGCCCCGCCCCCCGUCCCCCCCCACCGGGAGAGGGAGGCUUGCCCGGGGAGGGGGGCGCGGGCGCGAGCACGCAGGGCGCGCGCGGCCCGGCGCUCCAGGGCUGCGCUCCGGGUCCGUCCGCGCGCUGCGGCUGCCUGCAGAGCGCACACGCCCGCCCUCCACCUCCGCGGCGAAUUUACGCACCUUCGGGCGGACUCGGAGUGACGCUCACGUGUGGGCACUGCCAGCCACCCCGGUGCUCGGCACAGGCCCCUCGAGCUUCCUUCCACCACGGUUCUGCCCUCCUCUGUGGAGUGCCAGCUUUGCAGGCCGGCCCACUCCGCACAAAAGCCCCAAAGGGCCUCCGCCCCCUUCUUCCGUUCCUACGAUGGCAAAUCCCAGCACUUACUCCGUUGGCAGAUCCUCUCUAUAG